UUCAGUCUAAUGCUCUAGAAACAGGAUGCAAUCGUAUAAUUACAAUCGAUCAAACUAUUCUAUAGUUAAAAUCCUAUAUAGUCAAUCAAACUAAGGAAAUUAUUUGAAUUUACAUUAAUUGCGUACAUAAAAAUGAUCUCAUCAUAAACGACAGACAAACAUGCAAAUUAAAAUAUCUCAUCUGUAUCCUCGCACGCAGACCAAUAAGAGAAAGCUUUGAGUUAACGAUGCCUGCAGGAGAUAAAAUGAAAGAUAGAAGACCCAUUUCCACGUGCUCUUGACCACGGAUGACUGGCCAUAAUGAACCGACCAGGUGAAAAUGUAAGUCGAAAGUGGAUACUACAUUUUUACCACAUCCAUCCCAAAGCAAACAUCAUCAACGAAAACAAAAGCUCGAUGUACUUUAUGUUCCAUGAUGCGUUUCGAAUAAAAAAUGGGUCAUCACGUAAAUAUGUGUGAUGCCAAACUGUCCGAAAAUAGACCUGGGAAAAAAUUUUGAGACAGAAAAAUUUUUGAAAUCCUGCUCAAAAGAAAAUUUCUCAUUUGUAGAUAGUCAGUGCGAUCGAUCGAAGUUUUGGUUCGAGAAGUGCAAACGAUUCAUUGGAAGAAUGCAAACGAAAGAUGCUCUCUAUUGGAAUAUAUUGAUGUAGUGCUUAUAGCUCUAUAUCCUGAAUAAUAAGUUAGAUCAAACAGUAUGAACUUAUCGAACUGGAUGAUUAAAUGGGAAAUAAUUCUUUUAUUUGCUCUUGGAUUCCUCUGCAUCGAAAGUCAUCACGGCCACGAUAUGUGGCACUUUUACAAAAUGAAAAAAUUUAUGACUAUGGUGGCAUUUGCAAGAGCUUUGGGAAAAAGACCAACCAUAUUGCCAGUGCCAAUUCCCAUACCUAUCCCCAUAGCUCAAAACGAGAUAAUCAAAUUACCGAUUUCUAGCGGCGGCAAAACAAUGGUCAUAGGAGGCGGAGGCAAUGGAGCAAACCAUGCACCAGGAAUAGGUCAAAUUUUAGGAGGCAUUUCUAGUCAAGGAACAGGAUCUACAACCUACGGCUAUGCACAACCUUCAGUCAGCUCAGGAAAUAUUAAUUUGCAAUCAUUAACGGGAUCUGACAGCAACGUUGUCAGCUUGUCAUCACUUCUUGGAAAUAAUGCCAAUAGCAAUAAUGCUCCCAAAAUAAUAAUAAUUGGGGGCGGCCAUAACAUGGGUAAUGCACCAAGUGGACCCCUGAAUCAGCCUUCUGUGAUACAUAUAAAUGGACAAGAUCUACAAAACAGCAAUUUAGGACUGAAUGGGAUGCAAGGAAACAAUUUAGGGAAUAGACUUAACGAUCUGGACAGUGCAUAUAGUAAUAAUUUCCCUGGAUUGUAUAAGUUUCCACCCAAUUUUUAUUCUGAUUUCCCUCGAAAACGAUUGCCCAUCACGUUUGGGGGUCGAAGAGGGAAUCCGCCAGAUGUGAAUUACUUAAGAGGAUCUGGAUUAAAUCACUACCCCCCAAGAAAAGAAAACUUGAACCAAAUGUACGAUUCGAAUAUUCCAAAUAACGGACGAGACUUACCUCAAAACUCAGUAAAGCAGAGGCGUCCAAUACCAGUUGGAGAAAAGUUUGACCCACUUCCUUAA